UAUGUUGGAGAUCGCCAAGUGGGUUUUUCUAUUUUUUGGAAUAUCUUUGGUGGCGCUACAGUCGUUCGGCCAGCAGCAGAAUUUCGUGCCUCAGGGAACUCUAGAAGAUGCCCGACAAGGACGUAAUCUGCUUGACUGGAUAGGAUUGGGAACAGGUCCAGGCACUGACCCUUACCUAGCGAAAGUAAAUGCGGAUUGUCUCAACGGAGAUCUCGCAGAGUGUUUCAAGUCAAGGGCUCUAGCUUCAUUCGAGGAGUUUUUCGAUAAACCUUCGUAUCAUCUUAGCGAAAAUGCUAGAAUUUUCCGGUUGCCAGAAAGUCAGCUGCGCCAUUUGGCCCAAGAAUCUUUUGAAUAUUCAGAAGCACCGCGUGCCGAUGAACCGGAAUGGGACCAGCUCGUCAAAUUCGCUAGUAGGAGGAUUGAGAAAUUCUUAAAAUCAACGUCAUUCGAAUUAGCCUUCAACGAUGAAGUUACAGAAAGAGGAAGGUAUUCCCCACGCUUUAUCGAUGACAUUGUAGGCGAGAUAGACAUAAUUGAAGAUAAAACGGACUCCCAUUUCAAACGGAAGCAACUGAAGAAGCUGUUCAUUCCCCUUCUACUUAUAUUGAAAGUAUUCAAACUGAAGCUUCUUUUAUUCUUGCCACUUAUCCUUGGGCUUGCUUCCUUUAAGAAAUUACUUGGAUUCCUUGCCAUUAUCAUUCCUGGAGCCAUAGCUUUCUUCAAUUUCUGCAAACCCAUAAUAAAGCAAAAUGGAGGUAACUUCUAUGGUGGACCACAUUACUCUCCGGCUAAUAUAGGCUUCCAGCCCUAUCAUAGAGAAUCAUCACACUAUGCCCAGGAAUACUCAGAUUAUCCUCCACAUGGACCUGGUGUACACUUCAGAGAUGACAACUCAGCCCAAAAUUUGGCAUACAAUGGAUGGAAUCAGUACAGAAGUAGUGGUAAAGGCAUUGAAGCCGAAAACACACCCAAAAAAUCGAUUCUACCUGAUUCAUAAACUGAGUAAUAAUCAAAAUUAUAAUUGUGUAAAACAAAUUUAAAAGAAAAUAUUCAGAAUGUAAAU